UCUUCAGGUCAGAAUGUGUUUCGGUUGCACCAAAAUAAUGGAAAUAUAACUUUUAAGACGUACUUGUUCUGCUAUUUUUGUUUCUGGUUGRCUUUUUCCGGCUGUUUCUGCUGUUCAGCCUGCUCUCCUGUCAGUUCACCGUCUGAUCAGGAUCCUCCACCUCUUCAGGAUGCCUAUCAUCAAUAAAACGGAUGCCCAGCUCAGCGAUUUACUGACUGACUAYGGCAUCAAGCAUGGACCAGUAGUGAACUCCACUCGAAGUCUGUAUGAGAGGAAGCUGGAGGAGGCCAUGGCCAAGGACCGGACCUUCUACAGAGAAGAAGAGGAGGAAAUCACGUACAUCAUAUGUCGCCAUCCGAGAAGAAAGAAGACCUCAGCACAGUUUUUGCCUGGCUCUGAGCAGAAUGGAGAUCAGCCACUGGACCAAGCUGAAGAGAUCAACCAAAGCAGCAGCUAUGAACCGUCUGAUGAUCUGAAACUGGAACAACUCACAGAGAUGGACCAAGAAAGCAGCACUGAACUGGAUCAACAGACCCAACAGAACCUUCAUCUUGUGUCUGUGAAGACAAGCCACACAACAACCAGUCACAGCAAACUGAAAGUCAAAGGGCCAAUCAGACGGCAGUCGGCAGGAAAAACACGGAUGGUGAUCCCAGCGGUGCUGGUGCUGACCGGGUUAGCAGCUGGAUGCUACUACGCCCUCCCCACUGUGAUGUGAAAUCAGAUUCCUGGCUUUGUUUUACUUAUUUGUGCAUUUUUUCUUCUUCUCUCAGAAUGUAAUAUUUUACCCAGUUAGUCAGCUCAGAAAGUUUACAGGUCUAAAGUUCACACUCCAUUUCACUGCUGCGUCUGCUGAAACAGAAGCAUUGAAAAUCAGUCAUUCUGCUUAGCAACAUCCAGCCUGGCCAUGCUCCUUUAUUAUGACCAUGAUUGAUUCCAGUUCCAUACUAAGCUACACUAAUUUUUCUUUCCCUUGAGCGUACUGCUGGACCAUCACUUCUCCUGCUUCAUCUUCUGAACCCUAACUUGAUCACAGAGCAUGAUGGCCUCUCAUACCAAGUCUGCUUGAGGCUACUUCCUGUUAGAAGCGAGUCGUUCCUUCCCUCUGUUGCCAUGUGCUUGAUCACCAUUAUAGAUUGCUGCAAAGCGAUCCAGUGUAAUCAGAUCCUUAGAUGGAUAACCUCUUCCAAUCUGAAUUAUCAACUACAUUUGAGUGAACUGGAUGAUAAAUAGGAUAGAACUGAAUUUAUGUUACUGAACGUGAAUCUGUGUGUGUGACAACACAGGAUGGAUUUGAUUAUGCACUUCUGGAUACAUUUUUUUUAACCUUGUAAAAAGUGUGUUGAGAUGUUGUUUGCUUGUUUUGACAAUAAAGGGUAACUGUUUGUAUUUUUACCACAUCAAAAACUGAAGACUGGUUUAUAUU